CGUAGCAGACUGCCGCCGUGUGUUUUUCAGAUGGCAGCACGUUAUUUUCCUAUGUGUUAGUAAGUUAGUAAAUUGUGGUUAUGGCGGUAUCGGAGAGUGCUGAAGGUUGUGGCGGUUCGGGGUGGUCGAAAUGGCAUAUUGCAUUAGUAAUUGGAGCGCCUGUUGUGGUUGGUAUUGGUGUCUGGUAUCUCAAGAACAGAAACUCCACGACAGACCGCGAUAGCUCAACAACAGAGGAUGGUAGAAGAAAUAAGAUUGCCUCGAUGACUGCUUCAAGCUAUACCCCGUCGGACAUGGCCGGAGCGGAGCCCAACAUACAAUUCGAACCGGCUGAAGAAAAUCCUCUGAAACAAGCACUGGCAUAUAAAGCUGAAGGAAAUAAAUAUUUCAAGUCGGGAAAGUAUGCAGAGGCUAUAAAGUGCUACGAUAGUGCCAUUGAAAUAUGCCCAAACGACAAAAAAUUAGACCUGUCCACAUUUUACCAAAACAGGGCAGCAGCCUAUGAACAGAUGAAAGAAUAUGAAGAGGUAAAGAAUGAUUGUACUCUAGCACUGUCCUUGAAUCCUAAGUAUGUGAAAGCACUUCAGCGGCGUGCUAAGGCAUGUGAACUCANCAAAUCUGUGAGUGUUCAUUUUAUAGGUAGACAACAUGCCAAGGAAGCCAUGUCAAGAAGAACACCAGUAAUGCCAUCAAAACACUUCAUCAAAAUGUACUUCUCUUCAUUUAUUGAAGACCCAAUUAUAAACACCUGGGUGCAAGAAAAGGAAAGUGAUUCUGCAGAGGCAGAUUUGAGAGGUCUGGCUCGAGCCAAACAGGCUUUCAAAUCUCAGAAUUAUGAAGAUAUUAUCCCAGCUUGCAAUGAGGAAUUUGAGACUGAAGAUGACAGCCACAGGAUGGAAGCUUUUGUUCUUCGAGCUACAUUCCAUCUGCUCUUGGGUGAGCACAAGAAGGCCUUGAGUGACUUUCAGGCUGUAAUAGAGAAUGAGCAUGCAAAUGUGAAGUUGCGAGUUAAUGCCCUAAUCAAGAGGGCGUCAUUAUACAUGCAACUAGAACAACCUUCAAAGAGUCUAGAAGACUUUGACAGGGCAGCAAGUUUAGAUCAAGAUAAUGCUGAUGUUUACCACCAUAGAGGACAGGUACAUCUGUUAAUGGAGAAAGUAACAGAAGCGAUGAGUGACUUCAGCAAAGCCGUUGCUGUGAACCCCAACUGCCCAAUUGCGUAUGUCCAGAAAUGUUAUACCGAUUAUCGAUACGCAUUUUCUACUCGUAACAUGGAAAAGAUGGAAGAAGUGAUGAAAGCAUUUCAACAGGCAAUUCAGAAAUUUCCAGAAUGCUCCGAAUGUUACACCUUAUUUGCUCAGGUUUUAAGUGAUCAAGAAGAAUUUGAUAAAGCUGAUAAAUAUUUCCAGAAAGCAACUGAAGUUGAACCUGAAAAUGCAACUGUAUAUGUGCACAGAGGUUUGCUACAACUGCAAUGGAAUGGUGAUGUUUCUAAGGCUAUUGAUAUGAUAAAUCAAGCUCUGAAAAUGGAUGAUAGAUGUGAAUUUGGAUAUGAAGCUCUGGGAACAAUUGAAGUGCAACGUGGAAACCUGAGACAUGCAGUGGAGCUUUUUGACAAGGCCAUUCCAUUAGCAAAGACUGAACUAGAGAUGUCACAUUUGUUUUCACUAAGAGAUGCAGCCAUGGCACAAGCAACAGUCGCUGAGAAGAUGGGUAUCCCAAUUUCAAAUGUAGGAUUCCCGUAGUGUUAUUGGAUUGUGGACAGAUUCUAGUUCAUUAUAUGAUCAUCCCAGUAGUGAUGGGGUCAGUGAGUGGCAUAAUAUGUUGGAAUGGUGGAUCAUGAAGAAUGUCCCACAGGGUGUGAGCAGUAUUUUCUUUUAGCCUAUUAUUUUUCUCUAAUUUUGGGUUUGUUCUCUCUCUCUCUCUCUCUCUCUCUCUUUUUUUUUUUUUUUGCUUAUUUGAGUGUUAAUUUGUUAUUGUAGGAAAGCCAUAGAACUUCACAUUAUUCAAUGAUAUUAUGACGGCCAAACUAGAGAAUGCAAAAGUGUUGAGGAAUCAUCAGAGUUAUAAACAUAUACAAUUUAUUCUUUCAUUAUCAAGAAUUGACUACCUGAGCCACAGGAUUCUCUUUCGUUUAAUUUUUCCAUCCAUGCUUUCAGCUUUGGUAUUCUUUCAUGAACAUCUAAGACGGGUUUAUUGUCUUCUAAACAUGAUGUUAUUUUCCCACAAUUUUUGCCCAUGAGCAAACACAGUAAAAUGACCAUGCAAGAAGUUUGAAGCUCCCCUUCUGGGGGUGGGGGGUAUUAAACAUAAGGUGGGAUGCUAUAAAUCACGCAAAAUGUCAACUUCCGAGUAUACAACUUUCCAUUCUAGCAGAAUUUCCAUGCUCCUUCCAAAUUAAUAGGGGUAAUGGGGAUAUAAUUGUGCAAAGCUACAUGAAAUGCAAAAAUAUAUAUUCUUGGCAAGGAGAAAGACAUAUAACUGUGAAAUUUGUGCACUGCAUUGUGAUGUACUUGAAUGGUGCAACUUGGAGCCAUGAAUUUAUGUUAGAAGAAUAUCAUGCUUAUUGUGUUUAAAAUAUCAGACAGAAGAUGCCAACUCCAAUUUUUCACAUUUAACUGCUUAAAGACAAACUUAAAUCUUAAAAUACAGACAUUUUAAAUGGUUAUGGGCCUGCUUGAGAGAUUUGUAUUUCGAUAAUAGUCUGGCUCCUCCCUCCCAAGUGGAACAUGCCAAAAUUGCAUUUAAGAAUCUCUCUUACGUUACCUUCCUAUCUACACCCAGUCCUAGGAAAUGUUAUUUUAUUCACCUCAGCCGAGAAUGCUAGGCUUAAACAGAUAAACAUGGGUUGAGGGUUAUGAGAAAUGUAAAACAUACCAUCCUUGUAUUGAUACUAAGUGAAAUGAAUACAUGAACACUUUUCUUCUGCAUGUACUGCACUGUUGAGUGUUACAUGGGCAAAAACUAGUAUGCUGCUCUGUCCAAUUUUGAUUCCACUCUGAAUUGUUGGUAUUUAAAACAAUAUUUAAUUAAAGCUUCAAAUGUUUACUCUGCACUUCAUGUAAUUGUGUGUAUGACAACAGUACAUCAUAAUUAUGUAUAAAAUGCAUGCGUUUUAUCACUUUUUUUAUAAAGUGGGCAGCCAUGUGUGUCUCAGGACCUCUGCAUACAACCAUUGUUUUUUCCUUUGUUUUAUAAUGGCAGAACUCUGUAACUGUAUAGGUAAUAAAAUUACAGUUGCAUAUAUAUUUUGUUGAAAGAA